AUGAAAAGAUGUGGUCCAACCGCAGCUUUGACUAUCUUCGUCGGUUACGCUCCAUCAAGCUACGAAGAAGAAGUCGAAGCAUUCUAUAUGGACCUGGAGAAGUUCUAUCGAGAAAAUCAUGUCUUCUACAAGGUCAUAAUUGGCGAUUUCAACGCCAAAAUUGGCCCAAGAAGAACGCUUGAGGGACUUCACGUCGGGACCCACAGCCUACAAUGUUUAUCAUGA